AUGCCAGGCUCCGAGAUAAGCCCUGAGGAAGGCCCCGAACCAGGAUCACAAUGGACGCUCGUGUUCGACGGUGCUUCUAAUGCUCGUGGCCAUGGCAUAGGUGUUGUUAUCACUUCUCCUACCGGUUUUCACCUUCCAUUUACUGCUAGAUUAUGUUUUGACUGCCCAAACAAUAUGACAGAAUACGAAGCAUGUAUCUACGGUUUGGAGGCGGCCAUCGACUUAAGGAUCAAGAUUCUUGAGGUGUACGGUGAUUCAGCUCUGGUAAUAAGUCAGGUAAAAGGUGAUUGGGAGACUCGAGAUAGCAAGUUAAUACCCUAUAAAGAGCAUAUCAUAAAACUGAUACCCUACUUUGAUGAAAUCUCUUUUCAUCAUAUUCCCAAGGAAGAAAAUCAGUUAGCAGAUACUCUAGAUAUGUUGGCAUCUAUGUUCAAAGUCAAAUGGAAGAAUGCAGAACCACCUAUCCAUAUUUACCACUUAGGCGAACCAGCGCAUUGUCUAGCAAUCGAGGCCAAUCCUGAUGAUAAGCCCUGGUUCUAUGACAUAAAGACAUUUCUGGAGAAACAACAGUAUCCCGAGGGUAUAUCCAUUAUUGAUAAGAAGGCUCUGAGAAGACUCUCUUCCAAGUUCUUCCUGAAUAGUAAUGUGUUAUACAAGCGAAAUUAUGAUUCUGUACUGCUUAGAUGCGGGGAUAGACAUGAAGCUAGUACGAUCAUAAAAUCUAUACAUGAAGGUUGCGAGGGUGUGCAUGCAAAAGGUCCUGCUAUGGCCAAGAAGAUUCUUCAGGCUGGGUAUUUUUGGACGACAAUGGAGGUUGACUGUUACAACUUUGUCAGAAGAUAUCACAAAUGUCAGAUAUAUGGUGACAAGAUCUUUGUGCCACCAACUCCGUUGAAUGUUUUGACUUCUCCAUGGACUUUUUCUAUGUGGGGUAUUGAUAGGAUUGGGAUGAUAGAGCCUAAAGAUUCCAACGGUCAUCGAUUCAUCCUGGUCGCCAUUGAUUACUUCAUGAAAUGGGUCGAAGCUGGUUCAUAUUCCAAUGUCACUCGACAGGUGGUUACUCAGUUUAUCAAGAAAGAGAAAAUCUGCCGCUAUGGAAUUCCUAGCAAGAUCAUCACUGACAAUGCUAAUAAUCUCAACAACAAUAUGAUGAAGGAUUUGUGCGAGGAAUUUAAGAUCGAGCACCACAACUCUUCAUCAUAUCGGCCCAAGAUGAACGGCAUCAUAGAAGCAGCUAAUAAGAACAUCAAAAGAAUCAUCCAGAAAAUGGUCAAGACGUACAAGGACUAG